AUCAUAAUAUUUUUUUUAAAAACCCGGUUUUCUUCAUCGUCUCCUCCUCAAACCGAAGAUGUCUGUGGCGGGGUUGAAGAAACAGUUCCACAAAGCCACGCAGAAAGUCAGCGAGAAGGUGGGCGGGGCCGAGGGAACCAAGCUGGACGAUGACUUCAAGGAAAUGGAAAAGAAAGUGGACGUCACCAGCAGGGCAGUGCUGGACAUCAUGACCAGGACUACAGAGUAUCUACAACCAAACCCAGCAUCCAGAGCCAAGCUGAGUAUGAUCAACACCAUGUCGAAGAUCCGCGGGCAGGACAAAGGCCCUGGGUACCCGCAGGCUGAGACUGUUCUGGGCGACGCCAUGCUGAAGUUCGGACGGGAGCUGGGGGAGGAGUCCUGCUUCGGUUUGGUUCUCCUGGAUGCUGGCGAGGCCAUGAAGGAGCUCGGCGAGGUGAAGGACGCUCUGGACAUGGAGGUGAAACAGAACUUCAUCGACCCUCUGCAGAACCUCCACGACAAAGAUCUGAAGGAGAUCCAGCAUCACCUGAAGAAGAUGGAGGGCCGCCGGCUGGACUUCGACUACAAGAAGAAGCGUCAGGGGAAAGUCCAGGACGACGAAAUCAAACAGGCGCUGGAGAAGUUCGACGAGAGCAAAGAGAUCGCGGAGCAGAGCAUGUUCAACCUGCUGGAGAGCGACAUCGAGCAGGUGAGCCAGCUGGCAGCGCUGGUCCAGGCUCAGCUGGAGUAUCACAGUCGGGCCACAGAAAUUCUCCAGCAGCUCUCCAGCAAGAUGGAGGACAGGAUAAAGGAAGUGUCCAGUAAACCCAGGAAGGAGUACACCCCCAAACCCAGGAUGACCCUGGAGCUGCUGCCCCCCAGCGAGAGCCACAAUGGGGGGAUCCACUCCGCCAAGUCUCCCGGAAGAUCACCAGCCCCCUUGGACCAGCCGUGCUGCCGAGCGCUGUAUGACUUCGAGCCCGAGAACGAAGGUGAGCUGGGCUUCAAGGAGGGCGACAUCAUCACCCUCACCAAUCAGAUUGACGACAACUGGUACGAGGGCAUGAUCAACGGCCAGUCAGGCUUCUUCCCCAUCAACUAUGUGGACAUCCUGGUGCCGCUGCCACAUUAGGUCCCUAGCCUCCCGC